GGAAGGCAGGGCCGCCUUCUGCUCAUCAAACGGAGAACCAAGGGGGGGAGAGUGAGAGAGAGAGAGAGCAGGAGAGGAAUAAUUUCCCCCCAUAGCAUGCUAAAACAAAUUUCCAAUAAAAAAGAGGGUUUUUGAAGCCCUUCCUCAAAGGUAAAAGACUGGACAGCCAUCCGCUGGCAGAGCCCUGUGUGGGCUGCUGAUAACCCAGCUGUCAGCUUUAAACCAAGAAUUACACAUUUCUGUCUGUUGGUGUCGUACCACUGGAUUAUAUGCCAGCGUUUCCCCCCAUUGUGAUCUUCCCCCCUUUUAUUUGAACCCCCUGUAUACUCUUUCAUUCAUCAGAAAGAGUACAGUCAAUAUUUUCACCCUAGUCCGGCAGCACAGCUGCUCCCCUACAUCCAGAUGAAUGAAGACCCCAUUCGGGAAGAACGCAGGCCAGAGAUCCAGAGCUGAUGCAGGACAUGCUGGUGUCUCUGCAAAUAUGAUGAAGAAAAAGAAUUCGCACAAAAAACACAAGAGCACCGUUGGACCUACCAAGGUGUCCCAGCCCCGGCGGAACAUAGUGGGCUGCCGCAUUCAGCACAUUUGGAAGGAGGGCAGUGGAGCAGCCUCUCAGUGGAAAGGAACAGUGCUAGAUCAAGUGCCCGUCAACCCAUCGUUGUACCUGAUCAAGUACGAUGGCUUCGACUGCGUUUACGGGUUGGAGCUACAUAAGGACGAGCGAGUGCAGGGGCUGGAGGUCCUGCCAGACCGUCUAGCAUCUACGCGCAUCAGCGAUGCCCACCUGGCCGACACCAUGAUAGGCAAGGCCGUUGAGCAUAUGUUUGAGACUGAAGAAGGCUCGAAAGACGAGUGGCGGGGGAUGGUGCUGGCCAGAGCCCCUAUUAUGAACACAUGGUUUUAUAUCACAUAUGAAAAAGACCCCGUCCUCUACAUGUAUCAGCUCCUCGAUGACUACAAGGAUGGAGACCUGAGGAUCAUGCCAGAUUCAAAUGACUCGCCCCCAGCGGAACGGGAGCCCGGAGAGGUAGUGGACAGCCUCGUGGGGAAGCAGGUGGAGUACGCCAAAGAGGAUGGCACGAAACGGACUGGCAUGGUCAUCCACCAGGUGGAGGCCAAGCCCUCCGUUUAUUUUAUCAAGUUCGAUGACGACUUUCACAUUUACGUGUACGACUUGGUGAAAACGUCAUAGGCCGGGCACACAGUGCGAGCGAGGGAGGAAGUCGCGGUAGCGAAGGAGGAGACUGACUUGGGAUGUGAUCCACAAACUCUGCCAAAAGUUCUCGUGGAACGUUUCUUUGCACCAUCUUAUGGAGACGUAACGAUGGAUAUUUCACUGGAGCCUUGGAUUGCCACUAGCUAAGUGUCUUUUUAUUGUUUUUCAGAUGAAGGGAUAGCUGUGUUUGACAUGAUAUUCCCUAAACAAAAGUAGCUUAAUAUUCAAAUGGUUGUCUUUUAGUAUUGUUCAUUCCUGUUGAUAACCAGUGAAGAUAAUGAGCAUACAUCAUUUCCACUAGCGAAAAGGGGGGGACAAAAAAAAAA